UUGUAUGUUGUUGUAGAUUUGAACGUUCGAACUCAAGUUACACCGUUCACUACUCGGGCUCAGUUCGAGCUUUUCAACGCUCCAAUCACGAUGAGUUUGUCCUCUUCAACAAGUCUCAACAUCGAUAAUGAAGGUGUUUCAAACAAUGGCAAAAAACCUUUGAAAGAAGGUCCCGUUCAAAUGACGUCAUUGUCAACUUUAUUAAGCUUUCAUCGUUAUUACUUCCUCUAUCAAGAUACAUUAUUUGUCUCUAAACAAAAAGGGCCAGGAUCAUUCAAAUUGAAAGAGAAGUUACGUCUAUCGGAUGUAUGGGUUGCUUCCUCCAAUACAGUUGAUUCAUUCCUUCUUGGUUGGCCAAUGACCAAUUAUCUUUUACACUUCAGAAAUAAUGAGGAAAAGGAAGAAUGGUUCGAGAUGCUUGGCUUCUGCAUUCAGCAAAAUCUUAAACCAAUUUUCACAAUGAUUUCCAUGGACAUCAAUGUGCGCGGAAGAAAACAGACAAUCCGACGACGAAUAGAAAAUGGAAAAAAAAGUGGAGAACUGGUGGUAGAGACUGCCAAUGAUCUUGCUCUUCCUAACACAUCGUAUGAGCUAAAGCUUGUUGUCGGCGAUUCGUCUGGUAAGAGCUUACAAGGACCUGAAAAUGUUUAUGCUGUUAUCAUGCAUGAAAUCCGAAGAACAGGCAUACGUAUCUCUGAAAGCCAGAAGCAAGCUCUGGACACAUUUCCAAUGCUGAAUUGUCGCCUUGUUCUGUCAACCAUGAAAUCAACCAAGACUUCAACACCCAUGCAAUUUGUCAACAGUAUCAAAAAAAAAGUUCUUCACCGAAUGGACUCAAGAAGUUUGUUGGGAAAGGAAUUGGAUGCUGCCACUCCUCCACAAACAAUUAUGACAAUCGUUGAUCAUCUGAAAAUUUUUGGUUGCGAAACUGAAGGAAUAUUCCGAAAAUCGCCAAAACAGAGCACUUUCAAGGAAUUACGUACUGAAUUGGAGAAGGGACUUGUGCCUGAUCUGAACAAGUACAGUACACAUGUCUUAGCUUCUAUGCUAAAGGAAUAUCUAAGAAGUAUUCCUGGAAAAAUUUUGCAAAGCAGCAACUACGACAUGUGGAUGAAAGAAGUUGUCGACGAGGAAGAUUUGAAUAAGAAGACUAAUUCUGCAAAAAAUCUGUUAUCGCUUCUGCCCUCACCUCAUCUGAUGCUCUUGUCGAAUGUUUUGAAACUGUUGGCCAAAAUUUCUGCAUCACCAAGUUCUAAAAUGACAUCAUCUGCUUUGUCUGUUUGCUUAGGACCCAGCUUUCUGGAAUCUACAGAUCAAAUCGAAGGAGGCAAAAAGAUUCCCCCACUUGUGGAGUUUCUGAUUAAUCAUGCCGCUGAAGUUGUACCAGGCUUCAAUUCAGAUUGUGUUUUCUCUAUAUUACAAACUGUUGAUCACAACUCCAACGUUGUAACCACAUCUUCUCUAUCAUCAGAUGAGGAUAAUAUUUCCCAAAAAACUCCGAUUAUUGAAGAAAUCGAUGAUGUUACAGGAGAAGAAGCUGAUGAUGUCUCCCAGUCCAGUUUAUCAGACUCGGCUUCCGUAAAUUCUGUUGCUCAAGCCCCUUCCUCAAGUAGAAUUCCUUCUUCUACCCAUGAUUUGUCUUCUAAUCAAGCUGCUUGUAGUAGCAGUACUGCUUCUCCGCAGACUUCAUCCAUCUCAUUAUCUAGUCAAUCUGUCCAGAAUAGACAGACAGUACAUUCAUUUAACCCUUGUUUGCCUUCAUCAACGUCCAAUGAUUCCUCUUCGAAUCACAGACCGAAGAUACCAAGCUCACCAUUUUCCAAAAGUUCAUUGAUGACAUCCGAUUCGGAAGAUGACUUUGAUGAAGAGAAAGAGCAGAACUUGAACGACGCAUUGAAAAUGCUUCUUUUGAAGAAACAAGCUACUGACGUAAGUCCAAAGGAAUCAUCCAAAGAACCAAUCAAUAAGAUGGAAGAACGUAGAUCAGGAGAUACUCCUCGUUCUCCUUGUUUGAAGCGUAUUCAUUUCCAAAGAACUCAAGAAGCUCAACAAAGAAGUGCAUCCAAGCAAUCGAGUAGCUUCAGUUAUGGAAACGUUGUUCCCCCUUCUACAAAACCAACGUGUCCUGAACCUAAUAUCAGAGAAUCUGAAGUGUCAUCUACGUCAAACGGUAAAAGAGUUAGCUUGGCUGUUGCUUCUUUCGAACAAAUAGAAGCUAUUCAUGCUCGUAAAGAAUCGAAAGAAGAGGCUACUCAAACUGUAGAAGUUGAACAACAACAACAACAGCAGCAGCAGCAGCAACAACCACAACAGGCGAAUCCGGUCAAUGGGUCAAGUUUACCUACCUCAAAUAGGUUCCUAGCUUUCCGAAGCAGCACAUCAUCAUUCAACGAACUGAGAAAUGAUGUGCCUCCAUCGUCCCCGAGAAUUGAACGCCGAGAGCCAAUAGAUAGAAGCCGCGAUGUUAAACCAACGGUCCAAGUACACCCAUUUAUGAAUAAGGAUUGUGCAAUGUGGCGAAACACUUCUCGAGAACCUACGUGUCAACCGAUACCGUCUUCCAAUUAUGGAAGUUUAAAAACCAUGCGAUGUGAAGAAUCGUCGGAUACACCAAGACGGGCAGAACUUCAACGGUCAUCAUCUCAACGCGACCAGAAGAGCCCAGCAACAACUCAGCGUGAAUUACUGAGGUAUGAGGAUGCAAUAAACGACGAUUGUGAUGGUGACGUCAGCAAACUCAAUUCUAGAGCAUAUUCGGUAAAAAGUCGUCGUGAUCGUAACGAAUACAUUGGUAUGGAUCCUUUGGAAAUCAAUUGGAGCGUACGUCAGCUCAAAACUCUUUUCCAGGAUAAGCGAGCUCCAGCCAUUAACACAGAUUAUAAUUACCCAAAUUUCUAA